AUGUGGCGCAUCAUUACAGAUGGAGACUUCAUACCAAUGGUUGAUCAAGAUGAUUCAAACUCUGCCAUGAAGAAAGAAAUUGAUUGGACAGCCGAUGAUAAAACUAAGACAAAAAUUGCGCGAACCAAACAAUCAGCACGCAAAAAUACUUCUCCCUGCUCACCAUCCUUUUCAUCCCCUUCAUCUGAUUAUGUUGAACGUUCACCCUCUCCACCACCUCGACCAACACCACCACACACAUCUUCUGACAACAACCAAGAAAUCUUCAAUCUCAAUCCUCUAUCUACUAUUCUUCCACCAUUAUACACUCGUCCCACACCAAACCUUGCUCAAGUUCCUCCACAUUUGCGUAACCAAACUAUUCCUAAACGACACUCAAUGAGGGUUCAAUCUGGAAUUAGAACCUCAAAACCCUCAAACCUAAAACCACAUUACUUCAUCAUCUCAGAUUCUGAGACUAAUGAUUCUUCUGAUUCUUUCCCUCCAACAUCAACAAGGGCACCAACAAACACCAAACCUACCAUACCAUCCAAAUCAACCUUCUCCUCUGAACCCUCACAAUCAACUCCCCCAAACCAAAAACGAAGAUUGAUAAAUGAAAUCGUCUCCCCUCUCACUAAACGAACUGAACCCCCCUCUCAAUCUAAACCAAAAACAAAACCCAUGAAAACAAAAUCUGCCAUGACGAUUGCGCAAUUCCUUGCUCGAAAGAAUCUCCCAAAUCCUCAAAGGAGAAAAACCCUCGCUCCCAAACAAAACCUCAAACACUGUCAACCCACCUCUCCAGAACAUUCUCCACAAUGUUCCCCACACCAACCUCAAGAACGUUCUCCAAUUCUGGAAUGUUCUCCUGUUCAAACUCCCUUCUCUCCUCCAUCACAAGAACGUUCUCCAAAUCAAGAACGUUUUUCUGCUCACACGGUCUCUCCUCCAGAAUCCACUCCACGAAAUGAUGUCCAACAUCACACAUAUGCUCUUGGCUGGACCUCAUUCCUGCAAACGUCUGAAUGCUACUACCCAUAUGUUGUCCGAGCAUUCUACUGCAAUGCAAAAACUUUUGCUGACAAAUCUCUUAUCAUUUCUACGAUAAAGGGCAUUGAGAUCAGACUAACCCCAAACAUUCUGGUUUCAAUUCUUCAGUUGCCCACAGAAGGCCCAUCUAUGUUUGGCAACAACUGGUACUCAACUUUGAAUCGUCAAAAGACUGAAGUACUUUCUGAUAUGUUUCAAGAAGGAUCAACCGGCUACUUGUCAACAUACCUCAAACCCCUUCCUAAAGUGUUCAACAAUAUGUGCCAGCAUACUCUAAUCCCUCACUGUGGGAGUCAUGAAUAUGUAUCUGACAAUGACGCACUGCUUAUCCACCAUCUACUAAAUUGCAAGCGUUUGAACAUGCCUCAUGUGAUUCUCCAACACAUGAUCUGUGCAACAACCAAAGAUUACAAAAAGAAUAAUGUUCCUUAUGGAAUGGUAUUGACUAAAGUCUUCAGGUAUUUUGGAGUUUCACUUUCUUCUGAAAAAUCUCUAAUCAAAAUCUCCAAAUUCUCUACCAAAAAUCUCUCUCAUAUGAGAAAGACUUUUUUUGCCCCACCUUCAUCCACCACAUCUUCCUUUCCCAUCUCUCUCAAAAGAAAAAGAUAUGCUCGACUCCGGACUGCCAAAAUUCCCAUUCCAUUUACAUCCUCCUCAUCUGACCACUCACAAGAAGCAGUUCCAGAACCUGCUCAAGAACGUUCUUCACCUCCUCAAGAACGUUCUCCAACAAAACACUAG